UUCCUUGUUGAAUCUGUCCUUCCUCUGGCUACCUCCCCACCCCCAGCCAGCCAGCCAGCCCAGCCCAGCCCAUUUCCCCUUCCCCUGGAGCCAGGCCAGGCUUGGUUGGGAGACCAAUGACAAUGAACAGCACCCUCAGCCUGGUAGAUUCCUGCCCGGGGAGGAGAUGGGUACAUGGUGCCGGGGGGAGGGGCGGGAGCCGCAUCAUCUAACAGGUUGGUCUGGCUGGGAGGGGAGGCGUCCCGCCCUCGUGGAGCUAAUGAGCACUGUGCGACAGGUGUCUGCUCCUCAGUCCCCAGCCUGCCCUGCCUGCGACGGGAGCAAGCCGCCGCCACCCCGCAAAGGCUCGCUCGCCGGUCCCUGCGCCCUGCGCGCUCCGGGGCCCGGGGGCGGCGAUGGCCUGCCGCUCCUGCGUCGUUGGCUUCAGCAGCCUGAGCAGCUGUGAGGUGACCCCAGCGGGCAGCCCCCGGCCUGCGACCUCCGGAUGGAGCAGCUGCGGGGCCCCCGGGCCGAGCUUCAGCUCCCACAGCCUCACAGGCUGCUGGACAGCCGGCACCGUCCCCAAGGUGACCGUGAACCCCAGCCUGCUGGUUCCCCUGGAUCUCAAGGUGGACCCAGCCAUCCAGCAGCAGAAGAAUAGCGAGAAGGAGGAAAUGAAGGUCCUCAACGAUAAAUUCGCCUCCCUGAUUGGCAAGGUGCAAGCCCUGGAGCAGCGCAACCAGCUGCUGGAGACCCGCUGGCACUUCCUGCAGAGCCAGGACUCGACCACCUUUGACCUUGGGCACCUCUACAAGGAGUACCAAGGCCGGCUGCAGGAGGAGCUGCGCAAAGUGAGCAAGGAGCGGGGCCAGCUCGAGGCCAACCUGCUGCAGGUGCUGGAGAAGGUGGAGGAGUUCCGGAUCAGGUAUGAGGACGAGAUCUCCAAGCGCACGGACAUGGAGUUCACCUUCGUCCAGCUGAAGAAGGACCUGGAUGCAGAAUGUCUUCGACGGACGGAACUGGAGACCAAGUUAAAAGGCCUGCAGAGCUUUGUGGAGCUGAUGAAAAGCAUCUAUGAGCAGGAGCUGAAGGACCUGGCAGCCCAGUUGAAGGAUGUGUCGGUGACCGUGGGUAUGGACAGCCGCUGCCACAUCGACCUGAGCGGCAUCGUGGAGGAAGUGAAGGCCCAAUAUGAUGCCAUCGCGGCUCGCAGCCUGGAGGAGGCCGAGGCGUACUCCCGGAGCCAGCUGGAGGAACGGGCCGCCUGCUCGGCCGAGUUUGGGAACAGCCUCCAGAGCAGCCGCAGUGAGAUCGCUGACCUCAACGUGCGCAUCCAGAAGCUCCGAUCACAGAUCCUCUCCAUCAAGAGCCACUGCCUGAAACUGGAGGAGAAUAUCAAGGUGGCUGAGGAACAGGGUGAGCUGGCCUUUCAGGAUGCCAAGGCCAAGUUAGCCCAGCUGGAGGAGGCCCUGCAGCAGGCCAAGAAGGACAUGGCACGGCAGCUGCGUGAAUACCAGGAGCUCAUGAACACCAAGCUGGCCCUGGACAUCGAGAUCGCCACCUACCGCAAGCUGAUGGAAGGCGAGGAGAGCCGGAUGGACAUGCCCUCAGCCACCGUGGUCAGCGCAGUGCAGGCCAGAUACAGAACAGCCCCUACCCUGCCCCACCCCUUAUGUUCCCUGUAGCUGUCUCCAAGUCCGGCCUCUCAAGAGCUCCCUCUCGGAAAAAGAAGAACAGGAAAGGCCCUGUGAUCAAAAUCACCGAAAUGUCAGAAAAGUUCCUCUCGCAAGAGUCAGAGGUUUCAGAGUAAGGCCGCUGUACUCUGAGCUCCUUACUCAGGAGCCCCAGGUCACUCCCCUGCAGCAGCAAGGACAUAAACUAGAUUCAAGAAAGCAGUUUGGAGCCUCUAGGUUGGGAAGGGAGGCAAACCUGAUCCUGAAUGGAGAAGAGAGUUGAAAACAGUGACUGCUUUUUUGCGGGAAUGGGACAGGACUGUCACCAGCUACUCAAAGUCACUCGGCUCCAUAUCAAUAUCUCACAAUCCACCCUUCCAAUAUCUGGCCAGAGGUCUUCCUGCCGCGGUAAAUUGGAACUGGGGUUUUGCCUCCACCUCUCUGCUCCUCGCACAACAGGGGGCUCUAACCAAGCUGCUUUUGACCCUUCGCCCAACCCUUGCCCUAAACUCACAUCCCAAGUCUUGCCUUGCCUCUGACUAGGAACCAAAGUGAGUGCUGUCACUCCCCUAGCCCCAGCUAGCCUCAAACCAGGGGCUGACAGGGACUACGUGGGCACCCUCCAGUAUCCAGAGUUCCUGGGGAGGCACCUGGCUUUCCUGCACCAGCUGGGGUUCCCGGAGACCUGACAGUAUUAGGGAGUGAGGGGAGGAGGCUCCCUGGGUGUUUGGGACCUAAGCCCAGAACUCUGAGAUCAGCCCAGACACCCAUGCCCCUCCCCUCCUCCUGUGAGUCCCUCCCAGCAGGUCACGGUCAGAACUGGACAGCUGU